AUGUUCCGCCAACUCGCUAGACCAGCUUUCCGCGCCAGCAGGCUGCCAGCUACUCGAUCUUUCUCCGUUGCUGCCGUCAGAAUGACCGAGGGCUCUACCGGUGCUCCCCGUUCCGGGGGCCAACAAAGCAGCGACAUCUGGACCAAGAGGGAAUCUGCCGAAGAGGCUCUCUACAUGAAAAAGAAGGAGCAUGAGAAGCUCCUCGCUCUCAGAGAGAAGCUUAAGCAGCAGCGGGCUCACCUCGACGAGCUCGAUGCCCACCUCGAGGAGCUCACCAAGAACCAGGGUGGUGAACAGAACUAG